UUUUGAUUUUCUUCCGGGUUGGAAAUCUAGCCGCCAAAUUGAAGUGACCUAAUGUGCAUAUGUUAUUAAGAGUUACUAGAUAUCUCUUUACUUAAUAACUCCAUGCACGCGUCAUUAGUUUUAUUUUGGCAUUCACUUACGCGUAUCAAACAUUGUUCAAUCUUUGCUGACAACUUUCAAAACUACACUAGCUAGCUCACACGGAGGACACAAUGGAAGAAGCGAGAAAAGGUGUUUUGGGGCACUUGACCAUGUUGGAAAUGGAGGCGAACAACUUGGAAUUGCAGCAGCAGGAGCUUCGGCAGAGAGGUCGCCAGGAAGAGCUGAGUGCAAACCUACAGGCACUCCUCAGUAAAAGAGACCAGUUAAAAGUUGAAAUAAAGGCAAACACGUCUCUCCAGGAGAUGAGAACUCUACUGGACCGAACAGGUGUUCCAUAUGAGAGGAAUGAGGAUAUUGAUGACCUGGAAGAUGGCUCAGAUAACUCACAACUUCUGCUGAUGAUGGCCAGACACACACAACUGAAGGACCUGCUUCAUGCUCACCAUCUUAUAGGUGGGUAUGAUGUCCUCCAGACUCGUAAAGGUAAAGGAGUGUGUGUCUCGUUGGCCACUGCAUACGAAGGCGUCUACCUUGAGACAUAUAACCUGGAGAUAGAUCUGGGGUCUAACCUGAGGAUCUGCCGGCAUAACAUCCCUCCGUUCAUCCCCUUGGAGAGGCUUGUUACGCAGGGCAACAUGCAGACAGACAUCAGGGAUUUCCUGGACACCCUCAGCCAGUAUCUCAAUGCCUACGCUGGCCGCAAGCAGCAGCUACACCUCACCAAGGAGAUCCAUAGCUCUGUUCAGGUGGCGGAAAGUAAUGCUCUCUGUACUAUACUGGUGCUGAUGUUCACUAUACCAGGAGAGAAGGCCGAGACUACACUGUGUACACUGCAGUAUGCCGACCACACACAGCGCCUGCCCACCCGGGUCAACAUAGAGUCUGAAGACACUGCGCUGGCGAGUUCUCCACAAUGGAAGAAGAACCAAGCCCUACUCCUGGAGUCUCCAUUACACACAGCCUUGGUGACCAUGAAGAAGACUGGCAGUAUCGCUUAGUCUGAUCACAGUAUGCUGUAAAUACGCUCAAGACUGAACAGUUGUUUAUGUCAAUGUAUUUCAUUUAUUUAACAUGUCUUUUUAUACUCAUUUCAUUGGCAGUCACUAUCUAGUAGUUGUCUGUUAUGAGUUUACCAAYCAUUAGGAAGUAAUAUUGAUUUGCACACCACCUUUUGCCCUCAGAACAGCCUCAAUUUGUUGGGGCAUGGAGUCGAAAGCGUUCCACGGGGAUGCUGGCCCAU